UCUUCCUCGGCUUACUCUGGAAAAGCUGCUGGGAGAGCCUGGGAGGCAGAAGGCUGCAAGCAGAGGCAAAACCUCCUCCUCAUUCUCCUCAAGCCACGGAACAGAACCAUGAAACUGUACAUCAUCUUCUUACUGGCAGUGGUGAACACAGGAACCACAGAAGGGACAUCCUGUGAAAUGGCAAACUCACAGGCAUUUUGCCACAACAAAGACCUCCACCAAAUCCCUCAUGAGCUCCAUCUGAACGUAAACAAAAUAGAUCUGUCUGGAAAUCUGAUUCAAACCAUCCCUGAAAUGCCAUUAUCAUUUUACACUUCUCUCCAGUGUCUGGAUUUAAGUUCUAACCAGAUAAGCUUCAUCACGCCUGGAGUGUUUGCACACAUGAUGAGUUUGCUGGAAAUAAAUUUAGCCAACAAUCACUUAUAUGAGCUUGCUCAGAAUGGAACAGAGGGGAUUGGACUUUUACCCAAGGUGGAAAUAAUGGACUUGUCACACAACAGUCUGUACAAUGGGAUGGCUGAGUAUUUCAUUAAACAAGCUCCAACACUGCGGUAUCUUUCAUUGGCAGACAACAGUAUUGUAAUGAUAUCACACAAGAUGUUUCAGGGAUCUCCCAGUCUUGUGGAGAUAGAUCUUCAGAGUAAUAUCAUCAUGGAAAUAGAAGAAGGUGCUUUUGAGACUCUAGUGAACCUUUCCAAACUCAAUCUCUCCACAAAUUCAAUUACUUGCAUCUCUGAUUUCAAUCUCAGGCAGCUGGAGAUACUUGACCUUAGCAGGAAUAGCAUUGAGACCUUCCACAUCACAAAGUCAGAUGAUGAAUAUAGCUUAAGAUGUCUGGAUCUGAGUGAAAACAAAUUGCUUCACUUCCCAGUCUUCCCUCAGGUAAAUAAACUGGUAACUCUGAACUUAUCAAAUAAUUUAAUCCAGCUCACUGCUGAAUCCCCUCAUACUAAAAAAGAUUACAUGGAAAAUGAAUGGCUAGAUGCUUCUUUUCAUCUUCUCGAUCAGAAGCAAAGUAGAAAUAUAAGUUCUCCUUAUUUAUCCCAGCUUGUAUAUUUAGACUUAAGUUAUAAUGAAAUCAAAUCCAUUCCAGAUAAAUUCUUUGAAUCAAUGUUGUCCCUUCACACCCUUAACCUCAGUAAAAACUGUCUCCAGGCAUUUUUAGUAAGUUAUGACAAUGCAUUAAGGUCCCUAACUGUUCUUGACUUGAGCCACAAUGCUUUGCAGAACCUUCUCCUUGACGCUGGGGUGUUGUCAAAUUUGAAGGAGCUUCAUAUUCAAAACAACCAUCUUCAGACCCUGCAAUUUGACGUCUUCUCUAGUCUUCCUAGUCUCAGACUGCUUAAUCUACAAAGCAAUAACAUCAGCCUUUGCAGCAUGUACUCCGGAUUAGCAAAGCAAAGACUUGCUGGAGAGGAAAGUGGUUGUGUAUCGUUUGUUGAUUCUCCUAGUCUUCAGUACUUGUACCUAGCUGACAACAUGCUGAACACCCUACCAGCAUGCAGCUUCUACAAGACUUCUUUGAUUGUCUUAGAUCUCACCAUGAACCCUGGAUUGAAAAUAGAAUUUAAAGCAUUAUCAGGACUGGAAAAGUCUCUGGAAUAUCUGUAUUUACAUGGCAAUAGCUUGACGGAUUUAAAUAUCGACUUGCCUUGUUUUAGUCACCUUAAACAUUUAAACCUCUCUGAAAAUCAGCUGAACUGGCUGCCUAAGUGGGGUAGUGACUCUCCACUGGAGGUUCUGGACCUACGGAACAAUAAGUUCAGUACAUUGCAGAACAGCAACAUUUUAGCAUUAGAAAAUUCACUUAAAAACCUAUAUCUCACUGGUAACCCACUCGACUGCUGUGGAAACAUCUGGCUUUCAUCAAUGAUACAGAACAAAAAUGUCCAGAUCCCCAACGUGGAGCACUUAACGUGCCAGUACACUCAGAACUUCGAGUAUCAGGAAGAAAUGUACAUUUGGAACAUUAGACCAGAAGACUGUGAAAAAGAGGAUCCAAAGAAAAUCAACAUCCUUAUUAUAUUAACAUUUGUAUUGGUUUUAUCUGUGAUAAUCAUCGGUGCAGGUUCGUUUUUUUGCUUCCGCAGGCAUAACUUCAACCAUCAGUUUAAAGCAUAGAAAUACAAAAUGCCUUGAAAAUUGAAGAAAUUGGGUGCUACACUGACAGAGUGUAUAAAUAAAGGGCAAAACUCUCA